AUGGGGACGCAAGGCGUGAUGAUGAGGGUCCAAUUCGGUUCAAGGAAGCCGAUCAGAGAGGCUCCGCCGACAAAAGGUCCCCGCAACAAACGGACAGCCGUUGCCAAAAAUCGCCAUUUCUCUCGCCUCUCUUCUCUCUCCCCACCAAGCCAUGCGGACACUGUAGCCGGGGCAUGGCCCCCGGAUCCCCGGAGGCAUUAUUUGAAAGGCCCCAAGGGCUGCCGACAGGGGAGGAAAAUGGAAGAAGCAAAGAAGGAGGAAGAAGGUCCCUCUUUUUCCUUCUUCACUCAACACACACCCUCAAACCGUCAUCGGAUCCCUGACCAAGUCUUCAUCCAGUGGGAAACAUUGCCGUCAGUGUGCUCCGUCUCCACCGGUAUCCAUCUUGCAUGGAUCACGCAUGGAUACCCAUGGAGGGAAUGGCACGGUGACUUGGACGAACCCAACGGAGCCACGUACUGA